AUGCUAUUCAUUCAAGCAAACGAUAUCGAAGAAAUGCAUGCGCAGCUUGCCGUAUUCAUGAACGAAUUUGAGAUAUCUGUACCACAGCUACCGGACUUGGAUUUGUCGCGCGUCAGAGAAGAGUGGUCUCGUCUACGCAACAAUAUACCAGAAGUGUGGAAAUUCAACCGUGACGGUAGAGAGUUCCAAGUAGGUGAAAUGAUGAAGGCUCGCGACUUAUCGGCAGAAUAUCCGCUGGUGCUUGUUCCCGGUAUCGUCUCCACUGGAUUGGAAUCAUGGUCAACGUCCCCCGAUUAUCGCGCUUUCUUUCGCGAGAAACUAUGGGGUGGCUUCAACAUGGUAUCGCAAGUAACGUUCAAUAAAGAGAAAUGGAUAGCUGCCAUGAUGCUUGAUCCCAUCACUGGCCUGGACCCACCUGGUGCUAAGAUUCGGGCAGCUGAAGGGUUUGACGCAGCCAGCACUUUCAUCCAAGGAUACUGGUUAUGGUCCAAGAUUAUCGAGAACCUUGCGGUUGUCAAUUAUGACUCGAACAAUUUGCACCUCGCUCCCUAUGAUUGGAGGCUAUCCUUUUGGAACCUGGAAGAGCGAGAUGGAUACUUCUCGAAGCUGAAGUCAACCAUUGAAGGAUACAAGUCGGUGACACAGUAG